AUGUCCAGCUCUGCUGCGGUGGCGAUUAACGACAGACAGUCAGGCGUCACACGACCCGCUGGAGGGAUGAAUCCUUUAUCAUGCAUCAAUGAUAUUAUCAAAGUCUGGCACAAUUUUGUGACCUUCUCGGGCUACAAGUUGAAUAUUUCCAAAAAUACGUCAUUUUGUGAAUGCUCAAAGCCCAUCAUUCCCUCAAAGUCUUCUGCUGACUCUGUGAUAUAUUCUUUAAACACUAAGAAUGAGGAGCAAGAGGCAACUCUGCAGUCGCUACGCCGUGUUGCCACGGAGACGCAGGGCAGCCUCCAGCCAACCACAGGUCAGGAUGAAGAAGAGGAGGAGUCAGCAUUUAUUCUGAGGACACGCCUUCUAGAGCUGCAGGCCACCGUAGAGGAAGUGGAGGAGCGUGGACAGAGGGCUGAAAUAGAGUAUGCGGAGCGCAUAGCCGUGUUAACCCAAGAGACAUCAAAUCUGCACAGAGACUACCAGAACCUGCAGACAGAUAGAGACAACCAACACAAAUUACUGCAACAAACACAGGAAGAAAACAAGCGCUUGGAGAAUGAGUGCCAAGAGCUACGUAGAGCCAGAGAUGAAGAGAGAAAGCGAGAGGAGGAGGAGAAGAUGCAUAGAGUGGAGGAGGAGAGGAAGAGAGAGAUGGAGGAGAGGAAUCGAGAGUCACAGGAAAGACAACGAGUAGAGGAGGAGUGUGAAGAAAGGUUGAAAACGGUAAGAAAGGAGCUACAGGCUCUGAGGGAGGAGAAAGAGAGAGUGGAGAAGGAAUGGAAGAGAGAUGUGGAGGAGUGGAAGAAGAGAGUCAAUGAGAUGGAAGAAGAGAGGAGGGAGGAGCAGAAGGCAGCUGAGAAGACACUACAAAAGAGCCUCAAUGAACACAUCAAUCAGUGGCACCAGAGAGAGCAAGAAAACCGCAAGUCCCAGAAUGCAACACUUCAGCAGAGGCUGAGAAAAGCAGAGACGGACUUGGAGGUUCAAGAACAGAGGUUGAAUGAGAGCAACAGACACUGCAGCAAACUUCAGGAGAGAGUAGAGGACCUGGAGGAGCAGUUGGAGGAUGGGCGUCACCGGUUGGCCGAGGCUGAGGCUGUGGCAAAGAAGGCAGAGGAGGAGUUAGCUGUAGCCAAAGAACGAUUAUUACUGCAAGAGAAUGAGCUACAGAGCAAGUCAGAGGAGUUAAUGAGCCAGAGUUCAUCUCAGGUGAGGUUCUCUGCUGAAGUGGAAGAGCUAAGGUCUCAACUGAGUCGUCUCAACAUUAGAAACAAAGAGCUGGAGCUUCAGAACAGUGGCCGAUCCAAUGACCACGCUCGCAUGCUUAAACAGCAUGCAGAUGCUCUAUCCUCUAUGCGUCUGGAGCUACAGCGAGCUCACACUGAGGAGAUCAGACGCCUUCAGCAGGAGGUGGAGAACGAAAAAGAGAAAGUAAGGCUGAAAGAGCAGCUUCGGAAAGCACUUGAAGAAGUGAUACGCAAACAUGCCAGUGAGCUGCGGCAAGCGCAUGCAAUGCUGGAUGCAGAGAAAAAGAAGACGCAGCAGAUUGAGGAGCAGAUGAAAACCGGAGAAGAAGAGAGAAAGGCUUUAGAGACAGAGAGGGAAGAGCUACACAACCAACUACAGCUGUCCAACAGAGAGAUGGCGAAAUUGGAGGGAGUGAUUCAGACGCUGGAGAGAGAAAGAGAAGAGGAGAAGGAAAGGGCAAAAGAGAGAGAGCAGGAGUAUGCAAAGGUGGAGCGGCAGUCAGCAUGUGGCCCGGAGUGUGUACGAGUGAAAGAAGAACUGGAAAACACACACAGCAGUAUGCAGCAAAUACAGGAGGAGUUUGCUGCACAGAAGGAAGUGUUACAGGCAGAGAUUUCUGCUCUACAGCAAGAAAGAGACAUUCUACAACAGUCCAAUCAUGGUAUAGAGGAGAGAAUCAGGCUACAGUUUGAGAAGCAGUUCUCUGAUCAGAUUGUGGAAAUGAAGAGAGAAAGAGAGGAAGAGAUCAGAAAGAUGAACCAACAGUGGCAACACAGAGUUGAAGAACUGCAGACACAGUUGGAGGAGAGGAGAGCACUCUCAGAGAAGAUGGAAGGAGAGAGAGAGAGACGCUACGGUAAUGGAGAGAUGGAACGAAUGAAGCAGGAGAUCCAAAAGACAAGAGAUAUGAACAGCACGCUCAGAUCUCAGCUUCAUUCCACCAUUCAAGAGAAAGAGAGACUGAUGAGGCAGCAGUUACAAGUGGUAAAAGAGGAAGAUGAGGACGAGGAGGAUGGAAAGGCUACGGGAGAGAGGGAAGAGGAGAGGGAAAAGCGGGGGUGGCGUGAGCGAGAGGAGGAGUUGUUGCGUGUGGAAAGGUUAAAUCACCAGCGUGCUCUUCAGGCCCUGGAAGCACAAGCCAAUGAAGAACUUCAGUCGGAAAGACAACGCUUGCUCACACAGCACAAACUACAGCUGGGUAACCAUCACACCCCAUACAGAAUGUUUUUUGCAAAUAUCAUAAAACACACACAAAUGAUGGCCCUGCAGCAGGAUCUGAAGCAGCAAAACCGCUUACAGUCACUAGAGAGACAGCUGGAUGAGAAGAGCAGCGAGGUUCAGGAGCUAAAGAGAGAGAACGAAGAUCUGAAAGAACGCAUGAGUGCAGUCAUAGCACAGAAAGUAGAACAAGAUGACCAUAAACACAAGAGUUUCUCAGAGGAAUGUGAUGAGGCGGGUGAAGCGGUUGGGUCGGAUCACAGGAAUAACAUGGAGAGUGUGAAGAGAGAGCACAGAAUGGAGAUCCAGACCAUAAUAUCAGACUUCAGCACCGCCCAAACACGACUACAGGCCCGCAUAGUUGCCUUGGAAACAGAGUUGAGAGAAAGGGAAGAAAGGGGAAAGAGGAGAGUAGAAGACCUGCACACAAUUGCUAAACUACAGGACAAACUCAGCGAGAGAGACCAACUCAUCAAAAGUCUAGUGGAGGACCUCCACCAGAUAUCCCAGCAUCCAACUCUGUGCAGCGAUGAAAUAUUUAAGCCUUAUGACUCUAGGACACAAGCAGGGACCCUCACACCUACUAUGAAGAAAAAAGUGGUUGAGGAAACUAGCAUCCCAAACUUCUGCUCAUAUGAUGGGGGGUCAUCUAAGGCCAAAUGCUCACCAGUUAUGGAGCGUGGCAGUCUGGAACAGUGCGGGCGAGGGACCACCCUAACAAGGACACACACACCCACCUCCCCUCAUUCUGAACACAGAGCCUCUAUCAGACAGAGCCGCCCACCUUCACAAGAGGUGCGACAUCAGCCGCAGCUUAAAAUCACCUACAACCAGCACAUCAGGACUCCAGCUGAGCAGAGGGUUAUUGAAACAGGGCCUGAUGGACAAGACCCUCAAAAGCAGGAGUGGUUCACCAAAUACUUCUCUUUCUGAGGUCCCACAAACCUUCGUCCAUAUCUGUCCCAACAUUUUGAGUACAAGCUCACCAAAGUCACCUUUUUCUGCAUAAUUACACUCAACUGCAACUGCAAGCUAACACCAAAUAAGCUUUUCUACAGGAUGCAUCUCACUUUUAUCCUGUUGAUCGAACAGCAGCACACCGGCCCAAUGUCUUAAAACGUUACAAAAAUGAAGAGAUUAUGCAUUGAACCAUGAAAGAACUUUAGAUUACUCACGUAACGCCGGUUCU